AUGAGUGCCAGGAAACUACAGCAGGAGUUUGACAAGGUCAAUAAGAAAAUUGCAGAGGGUCUUGCGGCAUUUGAUGACACCAAAGAGAAGAUGCAAAAUUGUGAAGUUCCUUCACAAAGGGACAAGUUGGAGAACGACUUGAAAAAGGAGUUGAAGAAGUUGCAAAGGUCGCGAGAUCAGUUGAAGAUAUGGUUAGGUGAUAGUGGUAUAAAGCUAGACAAGUCUUUGCUACAAGAGAAUCGUACAAAGAUUGAACACUCAAUGGAUAUAUUCAAGGAGUUGGAGAAGUCAUCCAAAAUCAAGCAAUUUUCAAACGAAGGGUUGGAGUUACAACGAGAAACAAAAAAGCUGUCUCGGUUUGGAGACGUAGAAAAACUACAAGAGGCAUGUGAUUACAUUACAGGAGUAAUUGAACAGUUGACAAACCAGAAUGACGAAUUGGACCAGGAGUUGGAUUCACUUGGAGCUCAACUGAAGAAAAAAGGUGGAUACUCUGUACAAAGUUCGAUAGAGGAUAUCAAGUAUAAAAUAGAUCGAAAUAAUACUCAUGUUGAAAAAUUGGAAGAGGUGUUGGAUAAUUUGGAAAAUGACAGAUUGGAUCCUGCAAAAAUUGAUGAUAUCAAAGAUGAUUUAGACUACUACGUUGAAAUGAACCAAGACGAGGAUUACGUUGAAUAUGACGAAUUUUACGAUCAAUUAGAGGUUGCCGAUGAUGAAGAAGAAGAGUUGGAAGUGGAAGGAAGUUUGGCUCAAAUGGCUGCCGAAUCAUUUGAAGAAGAGGAAAGAAAGAGACUAGAAUUGCAACAAUUGGGUCAACAACAGUCGGAAGCCACACGUGCAAGCCAAUCAUCGGCAUCCUCUUCGAUAGCACCACCAGCGCAUCAAGUAAAGUCGGGCUCUGUGUCUUCCUCGUCUGAUGCCCAUUCGCAUGGUCAUUCAAACACAGCAGCCACUAGUGCAAAAGCAGAAAUACUGGCAAAUGGUACUACUACUACAACAACACCAGUUAAGAAAGCAAAAGCAAUGAAUGUUGUGCCGGCUCCUCCCCCACCAAUUACCAAUACCGUUUCAUAUUCUAGUGUGAUCAAAGCAGCCCAAGCAGCGGGCACUAGUGAAGCCAAUGCUACUUCAUCGAACCACACGUCAAGCUCAAACAACACACCAAAAGUUAACAACAAUGUACCUCUUGCUACCGCACUUGGAUCUACUGCUUCUGGUACACCAAGUAAAGCGCCACCUCCAGGGUUUGGUCAACCACUUGCUUCUGUCAGGUCACAGUCUGCUUCUCCACUUACAAGCGAGUCUAAUUUAAAUGAUAUUGACCAGAGAACAACACAACCAUUGAAAAAGAAGUUGUCUAACACGUCACAAACAUCAUUGGUUUCGAACUAUGAUUCUGGUUUGGGUGAUUCAUUCAACUUGUUAAUGAAUAUAACUAGCAGUCGGUUGAACGAUCCAUUACCAAUACAAUCAAUUGGUAACUUGCUAGAAAGUUCAUUAUUGAAUUGCCCGGAUUCUUUUGACGCUGAAAAGCCUCGGCAGUACGUUCCACAAAAUGUUCAUCCCUCACUGGUUGAUUAUCCUCAAGAGCCAAUGUUUGAAUUGAAUUCUGCUCACUACAUGCAAAAGUUUGACGAUGAUACUUUAUUCUUUUGCUUUUACUAUAGUGAGAGCAUAGACAACUUUGCCAAGUAUAAUGCAGCAAAUGAGUUGACAAAACGAGGCUGGGUAUUCAAUACAGAGGUUGGUCAAUGGUUUUCCAAAAAGGACACCAAACCUUCUGGGUCAAAGAGAUUACUGAUGUUGCUCCAAAAGGAGGAUUCUCUAGAACCUCAAGGUGAAUCCAAUGGUAAUGCUCAAUUUAAGAAGUACUUUGAUGAAAAGACAUGGCUUGUUAGAAAUGCUAACCUGAAAAAAGUAUAG